UCAGCAGACCGCUGUUCAAACAGGAGACAUGGGACCGUGGAGUCGCCAGCACUCUGACCAGGAGAAGGAAGUGGUUUCCCGGUGAAAGAUGUUGACUGGAGCAUUUAUUUUUCCACCUGUUUUUCCAAUUUCUACCCAGUAAAGGACCGGAAGAGAAACAAGUUAAAUGACAACUGAAGUUAUCCGUGCUUUUUUGAUACCUAGGGCAAAGUGCCACACCUUCGCUUAGCGCAACAGAUCCUCGACACAGCUGGCCAAAUGGGGUGCCAAUGCUGCAGGAUGAUAAAAAGCUACAUCUACGACCCCUCAGUGGCAGUGGAUGUGAGGAAGACGGACUCUGCAGGCAGCUCGCUCUACCAGCCCCACAACCUUUCAGGAGGGAUCCCUGGCCGUGACCCGCUCGGCGGCCACAACAAGCAGAAGCAGGGCUUCCACAACCUGGGCUACAGCAAGUCCAACGACAGCACUCUUAAACUAGAGGUGGACAACAACCACGUCAACCACAGGCUGCACGCGGUGCCUGUGAAGGAGCUACACCAGCAGGGGAGCACACCGCCUGCAGAGGGGGAUCUGUACAUCAUCCAGCCAGAAGCUCUGGGACCAAGAUGGGUGAUACAAGAAAAAACCCCGAGCCAGGUGCCGGUUUACCCCAAUAUACAGGAGUAUGAGAACCAAAGAAGCUACGGUGAGCAGGGACACAGAGCGACAAGGAAUGGAUGGGACGGCUCCAUCACCGAGUGCGUGACUGGCAACGAAAGUCUGUCAGCAGAUGAGAUUGAGACGGACGAGGGCGUGGGAGGGACGCCGGAAUAUCCGUGCGACACAGGGGACGAGGGGAGCAUCCUAUCAGUGGACAUCCACACCAGUACCACCAGCCUGUCCUCGGCCGACACCAAGGAUGAGCUCAGACUGCCAAAGACUCCAGACGUUUCCACCAUGGAGAGCGGGAUCUCGGUGACGAAGAGCGAGGACGAGGAGGAGGCGAGGAAUGAGGAUGAGGAGGUGCAGAGCGUCACGGACUCGAUGGUGGCUGAGGCUCUCGCCGCCCUCGAAGCCGCCACUGCCGGGGAGGACUGUGAGUGACGGACCUCUGCGCUAUCUCUCACUCAUCACCCUAAACCACUGACCCAGACUUGAGCACGACUUUGACAGAGCGUUCAAAACCGCCAUGAGACUUCACCACGGUUCUGAAUAACAGCUCUUGUGUUUUUAAAUCAAAGAACAUGGAACGAAUGAAGGAAAACUCUGUUUACAAAUAAAAGAACAGAUUUAUUUUUGAA